CCUUAGCGCCCAAGAAAAUAGAGUCCCAUCAAAAUCUCUCUCUCUAUAUAUAUAUCUCCCCCACACGCCCCCAGUACUCAACCAAGUGAUUGAAUUUCAUCACAAAGCAAAAAUCAACGCAUUCACCUUUUUUUGAUUAAAUAAUUCCUCACCUUAUAAGACCAUGACGGUAUUGAAGAGGAGCAGAGAACAGGACGGGGACGUGGAGGCACUGGCCAUGGCCAACAGCCUCGUGCUCCUCUCCCGGAUCGGGGCCGCCCCCGGCCGGGUGUUCUCCUGCAAGACGUGCAACCGGGAGUUCCCGUCGUUCCAGGCCCUCGGCGGCCACCGGGCCAGCCACAAGAGGCCGAGAUUAACGACGGCGGACGGAGAUUUCUUACGCGUCCAGACUCCGGAGAAGCCGAAGACCCACGAGUGCUCCAUCUGCGGGCUGGAGUUCGCGAUCGGGCAGGCGCUCGGGGGGCACAUGAGGAGGCACCGUCCAGCCGGUGCCGACGGCAAGGCGGAGGGCCGGCCCGGCUCGGAGAAAUCGGUUGGUGGCGACGAGAAGAUAGAUAGGUUACUGGAUUUGAGUUUGACGCUGGCGCCGAUGUGGUUGAUUUCUUGACUAGUGUUCUUUAUACAACUUGGGGGGCAAUUUUUGUAGAGUACUACUACUGGUACUGCUUUUGAUUGGGCCCUUUUGAUUUACUAAAUCGAUUCAUUCUUUUGGUUAUAUAGUUUUCCCAUUUUAGGGGAUAUAUAUGAUACAGAGAAUACUAGAUAGAUAGAUAGACGUGAUUAAUUUGCUUUCAUAUCUGCUACUCUGUACAGGUCUUUUUGAAAUUCAACUUAAUAUAUAUACCAGCUUUGUUUA